AUGGCUCUGCUUUUGUGGAAAGCAUUCGAUUUCUUCGAGGUCAGUCAGGUUAAGCUCGGAGACGACGAGACGCGAUCCUUCUUCGAGAACAACGAAAUAUCGAGCGUAUGUUCAGGAUCCGACAGUUUAUUCCUCGGAAGCGACAAUGGAUAUGUGCGAAUUAUCGGACCAAGCUGGAAAGUUGUCAGAAGCUUUCUUGCCCAUGAAACUGGUCGUAUUACCCAUAUGCGCCAGGUCGAGGGUACAAGCUUGUUAGUUACAGUCUCGGAAGAUCUAAGCAACGAGCCAGUAUUGAAAGUCUGGGCACUUGACAAGCCAGUAAAGAAGACGGGAUUGCCGACUUGUUUGAGUACAUUAAACAUACACAACGGCCGAAAACAGUUUCCAAUUUCCUCUUUCACCGCUCUUGAAGACCUAUCACAACUCGCUGUAGGCUUUGCCAACGGGGCCGUUACAGUGAUACGUGGCGACCUAAUACACGACCGAGGCACGAAACAGCGGAUCGUCUACGAAUCCGAAGAACCUAUCACAGGCGUAGAAUUUGUGGCCGACCCCAAACUCACCACCCUAUUCGUCGCAACCACUUCCAAAUUUCUCAAAUUAGUCAUCUCUGGUAAAGGACAAGGGCAGCCUGCCAGAACCAUCGAUGAUGCUGGGUGUGCUGCUGGUUGUAUGACCGUAAACGAUAAAACUGGAGACAUAAUCGUGGUUCGAGAGGAUGCCGUCUACUAUUAUACGUUGGAAGGCAGGGGACUUUGCUUUGCCAAUGACGGAGCUACAAAUCUGGUCGAGACAUUCCAGGAUUAUGUCGCUCUCGUUUCUCCUCCCCCAGUAUCUGGAAGUGGAGCAUCAGACAGUAUUGGAAGACGGUUUGGAACGACUAAUACCGACUCCCUCUUCAAUGCUGCUAGAUUUACCAUGGUGGACCCAGCCUUGCAAAUAGUCGCCCAUUCAGAGUCUCUCAUCUCACAAGUCCAAGCCAUUUUCCAAAUAUGGGGGGAUCUAUUCAUUCUGACGCAAGACGGAAAAGUCAGUCGCUACCAUGAGAAAUCGCUGCAGCAGAGGCUCGAGCUAUUGUACCAGCGCAAUCUGUUUCCGCUUGCAAUCAACCUUGCGCAAAAGUCUGGCAUGGACUUGCAGCAACAGAAUAUCAUUUAUAGGAAAUACGGCGAUCACUUAUACCAGAAAGGGGAUUAUGAUAGCGCCAUGUCUCAAUACAUAAGAGCUAUCGACAACACGGAACCUUCGCAAGUCAUCCGGAAGUUCCUCGACACACAAAGAAUACAUAACCUAAUCGAGUAUCUUGAGGAGUUGCAUGAACACCACAAGGCUACAUCAGAUCAUACUACCUUAUUGUUGAACUGUUAUGCCAAGCUAAAGGAUGUCGACAAGCUGGAGAAGUUCAUCAAGUCGGAGGGAGACCUCAAGUUUGACUUGGACACUGCCAUAACUAUGUGCAGACAGGGCGGCUACUUUGAACAAGCUGCUUAUCUUGCGACGAAGCAUGGCGAGAAUGAUCUAGUAGUAGAUAUCCUCAUCGAGGAUUCGAAGAACUAUGCCGAAGCACUUGACUUCAUAUGGCAUCUAGAUGCUGAGACGGCAUAUCCAAAUCUGAUGAAGUACGCCAGGGUACUUCUAGAGAACUGUCCAAGUGACACCACCAAGCUUUUCAUCGACUACUAUACUGGCAAAUACAGACCAAGAGUUCAUUUGGCACCAGCCGCGGAGACACAGACCAUUUCAAGCGGUGGUCUCGCAGCUGGAGCUGCCAUUGCUGUACAGAAUCUUACAAGUCUACUUCCAUUACCAUAUAUGAACACCUCUUCGCUUCCUACGCCUACUGGUCAAGGAUCACAAGCAACUGGCAGUGAUGCAGGUGCCGGAGAUUCGGAUACCACGGAUCAGAAGUAUACCCCACCACCACCUAGAACCGCAUUCUCAUCUUUUAUCGACCACUCGGACGAGUUCAUCGUCUUCUUAGAAGCCUGUCUACAGGAAGAUUCACUCCAAGAAUCUGACAAAGUUGACAUUUACACAACACUAUUUGAGAUGUACCUCCACAAAGCUAGCGAGAGGAAAGGCAUGCAGAGAGAGGAAUGGGAGCUCAAAGCAAAGAAGCUGAUCGAGGGUCGCGAAGUCCCCAUCGAGAACUCAAAUGUGCUAUUAUUAUCACAUCUCUCAGACUUUCGGGACGGUACCACACUUGUUAAAGAACAGGCCGGACUGCUCUUUGAUAUCUUUCGGUCGUACACUUCAGCCAAGGAUACCCGGGGUGCCAUCAAAGCUUUGCGGAAGUACGGCGCCGAGGAGCCGCAACUGUAUCCCGCGGCGCUCGCCUACUUUACCUCGGACGCACGGAUCCUAGAGGAGGCCGGACCCGAGGAACUGGCCAAUGUGUUGCGCAAAAUCGAUACCGAUGGUCUGAUGGCCCCACUUCAGGUCAUCCAGACCUUAGGCUCCAACGCCGUCGCGACCAUGGGCAUGAUCAAGCCAUAUCUACACGAGACGAUCUCGCGCGAGCGCCGUGAGAUCGCCGCCAAUAGGCGACAGAUCAAUUCCUUCCGCAAAGAAACCCAGGCCAAGCGCGCGGAGAUGGCAGAGCUCGGCGCCAAGCCAGCCGUGUUCCAGGCUCAGCGAUGUCCUGGCUGCGGCGGCUUACUCGAGCUUCCCGCCGUGCACUUUUUAUGCAAGCACAGCUUCCACCAGCGGUGUCUGAAGCAGGGCGGCGACGACGGCAACGAGGUGGAGUGUCCCGUGUGCGCCGUCAACAACGCGGCCGUGCGCGCCAUGAAGCGCAGCCAGGACGAGAGGGCCGACCGCCACGACCUCUUCCAAGAUGCACUGAAGAAGAGUAGUAGUAGGGGCGAGGAGAGGUUCAAGGUUGUUGCGCAGUGGUUUGGGCAGGGCGUUAUGGGGGCUGGGGUCGUGGAGAGAUGA